CAGUCGUCAUCAUCAGUCAACUUGCAAAACUAGACGGAUUGGAAUUGCGUAUUAUUAUUGCCAUAUAUAUCGUUCAUAAUUGUUUAAGAAGCACAUAAUAGAGUUCAUUAAUUAACCAGCAGCAAAAAUGUCCUACGCGUACUUGUUCAAAUAUAUUAUCAUUGGCGACACUGGCGUUGGCAAAUCAUGUCUGCUGCUGCAGUUCACGGACAAGCGCUUCCAGCCGGUGCAUGAUCUGACAAUUGGCGUGGAAUUUGGUGCACGCAUGAUCACAAUUGAUGGUAAACAAAUAAAAUUGCAAAUCUGGGAUACAGCCGGUCAAGAGGCUUUCAGAUCAAUUACACGAUCGUAUUAUCGUGGCGCAGCUGGCGCUUUGCUUGUCUAUGACAUCACAAGGCGCGAGACAUUCAACCACUUGACCACAUGGCUGGAGGAUGCGCGCCAGCACUCAAACUCAAAUAUGGUGAUCAUGCUGAUUGGCAACAAGAGCGAUCUGGACUCCAGGCGCGAGGUGAAAAAGGAGGAGGGCGAGGCAUUCGCCAGGGAGCAUGGCCUGGUCUUCAUGGAGACGUCGGCGCGCACAGCAGCUAAUGUUGAGGAGGCUUUCAUCAAUACAGCCAAAGAGAUUUACGAAAAGAUACAGGAGGGUGUAUUCGACAUCAACAAUGAGGCGAAUGGUAUUAAAAUCGGUCAACAGGCAACGCCCACAAAUCCAGCCCUGCCCGGCUCCGGCGGUGCGGGUGGUGCAGUGAAUAGCGGCUGCUGCUAGGAAUAAAAAUCUAUUUUGCCGAUGCCUGCACCUGGGAUAGCCGUAGCCCGUAGCCGAUAGCCGCUUCUGUAAAAGCUACUAGUGACUAACUCCUAGAAGGUAGUGGAAGCGGAUUUAUUGUUUUCAUUUUUUUAUUUCAAGCAAAAUAUUAAUCGUAAUAAAUUUAGCUGCAAAAAUAGUAAA